AUGCGGCCGAAAUCAAAACACAAGACAAAAUACUCUCCCUUCCUCCUCCUCCUCCUCCUCCUCCUCCUUCUCCUCCUCCUACUCCUCCUCCUCCUCCUCCUCCUCCUGCCGCAGGGCAUCAACAGUCGCCUGAUGAGCCUCCGCUUGCCUCUCCGGGGAGGUAAAUUAGCCACCAUCAUCAGCGCCUACAUCCGAACAAUGACCGGCUCUAAAGAGGCGGAGACAAACUUCUACGAAGACAUGCAGACUCUCCUGGCGUCUGUACCGAAGGCGGAUAAGUUGAUUGUCCUCGGUGAAUUCAACGUCCACGUCGGCACAGACCAUUCUGUCUGGAUAGGAGUGCUGAACCCACAUGGAAUCACCGGUUGCAACGACAACGACCUUCUUCUCCUGCAGACCUGCGCUGAACACCGUGUCCAGCUCACCAACACAUCCCUUCGCCUGCCAAUGCGGAAGGCCACCUGGAUACACCCCGCUAUCGCGGCGCCGGCAGAUGAUGGACUAUGUUCUCGCUCAGCGGCGGCAUCAACAGGCGAUCUCAGACGCCGAUGA